ACGAGCAGUUGCCGUUGAUAACGAGCGGCCGUGUCGAUAAGGUGAUAAUAUUCGGUCGUCGCCGACGCCGUUCGUUUCCGUCACGUCUCUUCGUCUUCGUCUUCAGUAUUUCAGAAACACGUACGCGUCCGUCAAUCGUCCAAAACAGAACGAACCAAACCGGCAGCCGCGAACGCGUUUCUGAAUCGUCGAGCGUUACACGUAAUACGUCGGAUAAUAUUAAAUUGAAACUCUUUUUGUUCUCGUCACCGGAUUAUACAGUGCCGUUUCUUUACCACUCGCCGCGCCGCGUCGUAAUGAAAUUGUUGUCUUGUGAGUACAACUACACGGCUGCUUACCCGCUUAUUUCAUCCGAAUCGUACAUUAUUUGCAUUGUUGCAGGCGUUCUUUUGGCGAUCUUCGCCAGGUGCACUGUGGCCAUUUACUCCGCCAAUUCGGACGUCAUCGAACUCACCGACGACAAUUUCUCCGAGAACGUGCUCCAGAGCGACGAAAUAUGGGUGGUCGAGUUCUACGCCCCGUGGUGCGGACAUUGUCAAAGAUUCGCUCCUGAAUACUCAAAAGCGGCCAAAGCCUUAAAGGUACGUUACGGUUUUCAUUUCGCUUCUUCCCUUUACCCUAACAUAACCUGUAUACAUUUGUUUGUUUUACAGGGUGUUGUCAAGGUAGCUGCCAUCGACGCUGACAAAUAUCCAUCUUUUGCCGGUCGUUACGGUGUACAAGGCUUCCCGACUGUUAAAAUUUUCGUUGACAAAAACAAGCCCCAAGAUUUCUCUGGAGAUCGUUCAGCCAUUGGUGUGACCGAUGAGGUUGUUAAGGCUGUCAAAAAUAAAAUAACUGCUCAACUUCAAGGUGUCCCUUACGGAUCUACAAAAUCGUCCAAAAAGUCUUCGUCGGGCGACGAUGUUGUUGAACUAACUGACUCCAAUUUCGAUAAAUUAGUAUUGAAUUCUGACGAUAUUUGGUUAGUUGAAUUCUUUGCCCCUUGGUGUGGCCAUUGUAAAAACUUAGCUCCUCAUUGGUCAGCUGCUGCUUCAGAGCUUAAAGGAAAGGUAAAUCGAACAUUAAAUUAAUUAUAAUAUUUAAACUAUUUUCAAACCAAUUACUUAUUUCUGUUGGUAAUUUGUGUGUACUAGGUUAAACUCGGAGCAUUAGAUGCAACUGUGCACUCAGCAAAAGCUCAGGAAUUUAACAUUCGUGGAUAUCCUACAAUUAAAUUCUUCCCAUCGGGUACAUCCAGUUCAAGCGCAGCCGAAGAAUACACUGGAGGUAGAACAUCUUCAGAUAUUGUCAGCUGGGCAUUGCAAAAGCAUCAAGAAAAUGUACCACCGCCAGACAUUAUCGAGGUAAUUUUUUUGAAUAUUCACUAAUAUUGUCCACUGAAAAGUAUUUAAUCAAAGUUUUUACACUAGAUUGUAAAUGAAGAGACAUUCAAAGGUGGAUGUGAAGAACAUGCUCUAUGUGUUGUCUCCGUACUACCUCACAUUUUAGAUUGCCAAGCCAGUUGUCGUAAUGAGUACCUGAACACAUUACGUUCUUUAGGAGAUAAAUUCAAACAAAAACUUUGGGGGUAAUUAUUAUAAAUUUCUUUAAAUACCAGUUUCAAAUACAUCUGAUUCAUUUUACUUUUAUGUUUCCUCAUCUUGUCACUAGAAUGUCCCAUUCCUAUUAUCUUUCCCAUUAUCUUCCCUUAUUACUUAUUACGCGAUCUGUAGUUUAUUUGUGAAACAAUUUUCUUGUGGAUAUGUAUAGUGCAUGUACGUUUAAAUUUGUAUUUACAAUCUUGUUACUAUAACAAGAAAAAAUUUAAAUAAUUUAUUGGCAAGCGUGUAUACUUUUCAUUUUAUACCAUGAUACGUGUUUAUUUGAAAUUGGCAUUAUGUAUGAUUUUAAUAAGAAAAAAUAAUUAUUCUGUAGAUGGCUUUGGGCAGAAGCUGGUAAGCAGCCUGAACUAGAAUCAACGCUAGAAAUUGGUGGUUUUGGUUAUCCAGCACUAGCUGUACUUAAUGUUAAAAAAAUGAAAUAUUCAAUUUUAAGAGGGUCAUUUUCAGAAGAAGGAAUUAGAGAAUUUUUAAGGUAUACAAUAUUGUCAAAUUUUUAAAUUAUUCCUUUGUUUGAAUAAUUUAUACUCAUCAAACGUAUGUUAAAUUUUUCAAUAGGGAUUUAUCUUAUGGUCGUGGUACAACUGCCCCAGUCAAAGGUGCUGCAUUGCCAGAAAUCCAAGGUACUGAAUCUUGGGAUGGCAAAGAUGGUGAAUUACCAGCUGCCGAUGAUAUUGACUUAUCUGAUGUUGAACUUGAUGAACUUCCUAUUAAACAAGAACUAUAAACACAUCUCCGGUCUCUAUUUUUAUUUUCUAUUUUCAAUUUUUUUUUAAGACUGAACAAGUUCUGCUAAUAAAAUGUAUAAUGUAACACUAACAGUCAACCUUCUGAUUUAAUUUUCAAUUAAUUAUUAUUAUAUUAAAAACCUAUUAAUGUUGAUUAGUAAAAAUAAAAAUUACACUGUUGUAACUUAGUUAUUAGUUGUUCAAAAUAAUAAUCUUAAUGAUCGAUUUUCACUUAUUUAUUUUAAAACUUAUACGAAUUUAAGUCAUGAUGAUUGUUUUUUUUUUAUAAAAUUAUUUUUAAUUUUUAUAUUUCAAUAUAAUAAGUAGGAACUCAUGAAUAAAUUUGAAUAGUAUUUAUUAUAAUUAAAGUAAUAUUGCCAAAACGUUACUUUUUUAUGUUUACAAAUUUUUUUUCCUUCAUAACAAUAACUAUUAAUCGAUUUAAAUCCUUCAUGCACAACUAAAAGAUAUUAUUUAAAUGUAAAUGUAUUAAUUUAUAGAUUGCAAAAUUUAAAUGCAAUUAAUUUAACAAUAAAAAUAAUUAAAUACAAUUUAAUGUCUUGGCCAAGUUGUACUAUGUAAGUGUUUUAUUAUUACUUGCGAAAUAGUGAUAUUAUAUUACUGUGUAAUGCAAUGAAGUAUUAUCUGAAUAAUUAAUGAAAGAUCUGUGAAUACAUUUUGUUUAAACCUAAAAGUGAAUAAUGUGAGAAAAAAAUAUCUUAAAUAACAUUGCAUUUUUUUGGCAGUCUUGUAAUAACCCAUUGAUGCAAUGAUAGAAAAAAAUUAUCUUUUAUAUUGUAUGAAAACUGAACAAACAUCUCUUUUAUUGUGUAAAAUAAUUAAUGAUGUUAAUGAAAAUUGCAUAAUAAAAACAAUAAUGUGUUUCCAAAGUGAAUAAAAUAAAACAAGUUGUAAAAAGAAUGUUAAAUUCUUAUUAAUUUUACACAUAAUGAAAAUUAUGAAUGCC